UCCCAAAAUAUCCGGGGCAGUGCGCAAGACUGUAUAAACAAAUAUUAUACAUAAAUCAAUUUCAUUUUCAAAUAAAAAAUGGCGAAUCCCGGAUAUAAACAUGAAGUCCUUGAUAAAUUCAUGAGUGAAAUUGGAUCGAAGCUUGUAGCGGAGUCUGGUAUACCUAGUGAUCGGUAUCAUUUUGGGAAACUGAUUCUACAGGGCUUGAAGCAUGAUCCCGAUUUCGUUAUGCAGAUUGACGGUGGAACUGGUGAAUCAGAAACGAAUGCCUCAGGAUUAAGAAGAUGCAUCAGAUGUGCGACGUGCUUCAAGAACCUUGGCUUGAAGAUCGGUGACGUCAUCAUUAUCAUGGGCACUAACAACAUUGACCAGGCUAUACCAUUCUACGCCGCGCUUUUCGAAGGCAUCAUCAUCUCCGGUAUUGACAGAACUCUGGGUGUUAAUGAAUUAAAAGAUGUUUUCAGUAUCAACAAGCCCAAACUCAUUUUUUGUCAAGGAGAAAAAGUGCAGGACGCUAAGAAAGCUCUAGAGCUGGCAGGUGGUGACGGGAGAGUUAUCAGUUAUGACAGGAGUCCUGAUACCAUCAGCUUUUCUGAUAUGUUGGAGAAAUACGGAGAAGAUGUCGAUGUACAAAAAUAUAGGGCUGCCGACUUUGAUUCAGAAGAAACAAUAGCUCUGGUUGUAGCUACAAGUGGUUCCACAGGACUUCCUAAAUCAGCUAUCCUGACGCAUAAGAAUAUCGCUAUAUCAACUACCUUCUUUGGCUGUUUUGGUACGAAGUUUCCAAGAGUAACGAAGUCUUCUCUUAUUCUAUCACCGAUACAGUGGUUAUCAGCCCUCCUUCAAUAUUUACUUGCACCAGUAUUCCAGUAUACCAGAAUACAGUCAUCGAAAGAGCUUACUACAGACCAUAUUUUCGAAUUGAUGAAUAAAUAUCAGCCAACAUAUCUCAUAUCCAGCCCGCCCAUGAUGAUCACCUUGCUCCAGGAAUCUGAAACUAAACCGUGUGACUUCUCGUGUUUUGACUCCAUACUCAUCGGUGGAAGUGCCGUACCGGAUCAUGUACUGCCAAAAUUACGCAGUCUGGCACCAAAUACAAAAACUGUAAUUGGAUAUGGAGCCAGCGAAUAUGCAGGUAUUGUUUUGUAUCCUUUCGACGUACCACCCGGCAGCUGCGGGAAACCGGUAGCACAUAUGCAGUAUAAGCUGAUGAAUGUAGAAACGGGUGAAGAAGUAAAAGAACCUCACAAGACUGGAGAGUUGUGGGUGAAACCACCCGGCGGUUUUAAGGGCUACUACAAUAACCCAGAAGAAACAGCCCUAGCAUUAACAAAGGAUGGAUGGUGCAAGAGUGGCGACCUUCUCUACAGAGAUGAAAACUGGAACUAUUUUUUUGUUGAACGCAUCAAGCUAUUAUUGAAAUAUAGAAAUCAUCAGAUAUCGCCGGUGGAGCUGGAAGCUGUAAUCCACAAGCUACCAGGAGUGAUGAAUGUGGCAGUUUCGGGAGUACCUGACCCUGACUGUGGGGAGUUGCCUGUCGCCUUCGUGGUGCCCAGACCGGGGGCUGGCCUCACUGAGAAGGACGUCGAAGAUAUUGUCAAAGAGAACCUCACUGAUAGCAAGUUGCUGCGAGGCGGGGUAGUGUUUGUGACGUCACUUCCUGCCCUGCCGUCCUCUAAAAUAGACAGGAAAAAGCUGAAGCAAAUGGCAGUAGCACUCGCGAAGAAGUAGUGAGAAGAUAUGAAGACGCUUUUGUUUAAAUUGUAUGAUAAUGUUUCAUAGGUGUUGGAUCGUUCGAUUGAUUAAAUAAAUAGUAAUGAUGCGUUAUAUAAGAUUA